GUGGCCCUGCAUGCCAGGGCUGCCUGGUCUGCUCCGUGGCGAGCGUGGGGAGCAGGUAGGUGGAGCACAGGCCAGCGGGCUCUUCUCCCCGAGAAGCAUGGAUGAUGUUUCUUUUCCUCCAGUGCUCCAGCAAGGGUUUCCUCUUGCGUGCAAGAGCUCUCCCCAUAAGAAAGCCCUGAGGGAGGGGGAUCCAUCUACUCCUCGAGGGGUGUUGCACGUGGCCUGGGAAUUGUGGAGAGCUGCCAGGAGCCAGCCAAGAGGUCACCAGGCCCCUCUCCAGCUUUGGCGAGCUCGACCAACACCUGGCCCCCACGUUGUUCCCUGGCCCCCUUCCAGUGCCCUGCAGUUCACUAAGGCAGCAGUGAAUGCCAACAGGCAAUGGAAACGUUUCUCAUCUGUGCUUGCUUCUAGACGAGGGUGAUGGCAAUGGUUAUGCAGCUUCUCAGCCGGAUGUUGGUUUGGAGCCCUUGGGGCACGCUGGAGUUACAGAUGUGCUCGUAAGGAGGGCUCUUCCAGCUCCUCGGCUGGAUGCUGUGCUACAGCCCGGCCGGCAUCGCAGGGGUCCUCGAAGAGCAACGUACCAAGCUGAAGGAGGAAAAAGGUGCCUGGGGUCAUGUGAAGUCCUAAGGCAAAUACUGGAGGAACUGCGGAGAGGACACGAGACAGACCAAGAGGCUGUGAAAAACAAGAUGUUUCCAGAAAGAAGCAGCGGCUCACUGCCAGUCCCUGCUGAAGAAACAGUGGCAACGCAAGCCAUCAGCACGCCAGUGCUGCCAAGGCCCAGAGAAGACCGCCAGAGCAGCGUGUAUGAAUUUUUUCGAACGGACUCAGGUGCUGUUGGUGAGAGAAUCCCAAGUGUUUCCAGUCCCCAGAGCACCACAAGAGGUCGCUGGCCCCAAAAUGCGCAAAGGCACUGCAUGGUGGCAGCCGUGGUUUCCCUGCCACUUGCGAUAUUGUUGUGCUUUGUCGUGAUCUGUCUGCGGACAAAGAGAAAACA